CUGACUCGCUGCAUUCUGCACGGAAGCACCAGAGACAAAGUCACCAAACAGCUGAGUGUGAAAUAAAGGAACAAGAGAGAUGAAGCUUUCAGUCAGCCACUUUGGGAUCAUCACCAUUCUGGUGAUGGCAAUUAUGAAUUGCUCUUCGGUGAAAGCGUCUGACAAUAUAACACUGAAUUCAAUAGCAGGACUUCCGGGCAAUGGUUCAACAGAAAUGCCUCCUACCAGCCAAAAUGGGAAAACAACACAAUCCUCUUCGAAUAUGACAGCACAAACAUCUUCAAAUAUACCAGCACAAACUAUGACCACGGUCAGCAAUGUAACGUCAACAAAGAAAACUGCGCCUACAACUGAGUCAACUUCAAAAGCCUUAGAGCAAACUACUAAGGGCAUUGGCACGAUGCCCGCCUUGGCCACGAGUCUGCUGCUGGCAUCGGUGCUGAUUACGUGCCACAGCCAACUUCCGUGAAUGUUCCCACCGCUGGUUGGAGCAGCGAGGGUGGCUUUGUCCCUCCAACGUUGUUGGGACCCAGUCGAGCAGCGGGCUGUUGGGGAACUGUCUAUAGCAAUGGAUACCAAUAAUAAAAUAAAUCUCCGAAUGAAUUUACUGUAAUUCUGAUCCGUGACAUGCUUCUAACUAGCAUGUCGUUUUUCACACGCUGUUUGAAUAAAUAGUUAAAGCAUAAUUUGAUUAUUUUUCUAAGAUAAAUACAUUCUUAACUGCUGAGCAUAAACACAAGAGAUUCUGCAGAUGCUGGAAAUCCAGAGCAGCACACACAAAAUGCUGGAGAAACUCAACAGGUCAGGCAGUGGAAAGGAAUAAGCAGCCAACAUUUCAUCAGGAUAGACCUGCUGAGUUCCUCCAGCAUUGUGUGCGUGUGUGUUCUUUACCGCUGAGUUAGUUCUGCCUUCCGUGCAUGGCUUUAUAGAUAAUAUUAAUCUCUCCUGAUACAAUACUGCACAAUUAUUAUGGAAUUGUUUCUGGGCUGCUUAUCAUCAACAUGUAUGGUUAAAUAAGUUUACAAGCAGGAAACAGAAAAUUUGCCUCAGUAAAAAUUUAUUGCCACAGAUUAAGAUGUUCAGAAGCUCUCAACGUUUCAAUGAAAGUUUUAGGAAUGCCCGAGAAAUCUGAGAGCUGGUUUGGAACUCCUUUCUGUAACACUUGAAUGAAUUCCUAUGUUUUGGAGGGAGGGAGAGCAAGAGGAUAACUAUCGUAUUGUAUGUUGACAUGUACCUGAACUAAGACCUCUUGAUUUUUUUUUAACAAAUAAA